GCGAAACGCCUCGUCAUUUCCGAGGGAUUCGUUCGGCUAUCGUCACGACAGGGAAACGGAAGACGAGAAUUCGAUUCCGAGACGGACGACUCGAUACCGAGCACGAAGAAACGUUUACACGGCGAACGAGAAAUAUCUGAACCAACAACAGACGCGAACGUAUCGUAGUCGUAGUCGCGGAGUCUCAUCGCGUGCAACACACUAUGUCCACGUACAACGACAAGGAGAACCGCUCGAGAGCAGAAUCCUCGAUAGCGGCAUUUUACGCUGGGAGAAGCGUGUUCGUUACCGGUGGUACCGGUUUCUUGGGAAAAGUGUUGGUCGAGAAAUUGUUGAGGUCCUGUCCCGAUGUUUCCGAGAUAUUCUUGUUGAUGCGGCCAAAGAACGGUUUGUCCGUCGACGAGAGGUUGAAGGAAACGAUUUCGUUACCGCUGUUCGACAAAUUGAGGGAAGAGAGACCAUCCUGCUUCGAGAAACUGAUUCCGGUAUGCGGUGACGCGAGCGUCGAAGGGUUGGGCUUGACCACCGCGGACAGACAAAUGAUCGCCGAUCGCGUCUCUGUCAUCUUCCACGUGGCCGCCAACGUUCGAUUCGGUAAAAAUAUGAAGAAGGACAUAGUCUCGAACACCUGCUCGACCCGGGAAGUUUGCAUCUUGGCGGGAGAUACCAAGAAUUUGGUGGCUUUGCUGCACGUUAGUUCCGCUUUCGCGCAAUCCGACAAGCCCGAGGUGGACGAGAUCGUGUAUCCGCCGAUAACCGAUUGGAAGAGCACCGUGCGUAUGGUCGAAAACCUGGACGAGCAGACUCUACGAGCAUUCACAGCCAAAUACUUGGGCCCCAUGCCGAACACGUACACGUUCAGCAAACGGCUCGCGGAACAGGUAAUAGACGACUACUCGAAGGACCUACCGUGCGUCAUUUUUCGACCGUCGAUAGUGAUAUCGACGGUCGAGGAUCCGGUGCGUGGCUGGUUGGAUAACUUCAAUGGACCGGUAGGAAUGAUGAUAGGCGGCGGCAAAGGAAUUUUGCGCGUAGUCCGUUUGGAUCCAAAGGUUAACGGUGAUUUCCUGCCCGUCGAUGUAGCUAUUAAAGCUAUGUUGACAGCAGCGUGGAAAAGAGGAUUAGUAACGCUAAGGGAGGAUCCCGAGAUUCACGUGUACAACUGUACGUCCUAUAAAAUUGUUCAUCUUAUUAAUCGAGAGUUGGUUGCGAUGGGUUUGAGAGCCAACGAAAAGAUGCCCCUCGACGGUAUCAUCUGGUAUCCCCGAACGUUUCUGACCCCCAAUCGAUUUCUCCAUUACGUAUUGACGUUGUUGGUUCAUCUGUUGCCCGCGCUGCUGAUAGACGGGAUUCUAAAAUUGACUGGCGGUCGACCAAUGCUCGUCAAGAUUCAAAGGAGGAUCUAUUCGAGCGUCCAACAACUCAGUCAUUUCCUCCACAACGAAUGGAUUUUUCGUAAUUCGAAGAUGAUGGACAUUUUGACGAAGGCAGUCCCGCCGGCGGAACAAGAGAUCUUCGGUUUCGACUAUCGCGAUUUCAAUGUCGAGACAUACUUCGACGGUUGUUUGCUCGGUGCGAAACGUUAUCUUCUGCACGAAGAUCUCUCCCGAAGCGAAGCGAUAAAGCGUCAUUACGAAAGGAUGCGAUGGGUCGACAGAAUAUUCAACGUCUGCAUGGUCAGCCUACUGGCGUGGAUACUCUGGAAGACGGGAACCGUUUCGCGGCUUUUCGGAUCGUUUUGGCCAUUCGCGGACGAAGCCCUUCUCGGCAAUUGACUAGCGAGCUGGACCGAUAUCGAUGCAAGAUCCGCGAGGAUAACGGGGAUCGUUGAUCAAAAUAAAUUGAAGCAUCGUUAGAAAUUUAUU